GGGCCCAGCGGCCAGCCAGCGGGAGAAACGACGCGCAUACGUCAACCUCGUCCUCGUCCUCGUUGCAGAUAGCCGAAAAACCGUGAAUUCUUGUGUUGCAAAACAUGCGACUGCCGAAUAACAGAGUCUAGAACAAGGAGGACUAUCGAGACUCGUGCACAAAGUGAGAGGACCGGCCUGGUCAGCACAGCCAAGGAGACAGCAUUCGUGUCGGAGCGCGCCAAAAUCUCCCCGCUAACCCGACGCCAUCUUGAUCGUGUAUUUGUUGACAAUAUACCCGCCGGACUCGCGCUUUUUAUCACCUCCUCCGAGAGACUUUUCCCUCGUUCCCGGCCGCGCUUUUCGCGGAAAAUAAAUGAGGCCUGCGGCGAAUCUCUGUCGCGCGUACCUCAGCUCGCGCCGGCGAAUCGCUUGCGUCUGGGCGACGUGAUCCAGAGAGUGGAGUGUUGUGCUACUGUUGCGGCUGCUGUGAUACUGCUGUUGGAUUUACGAGAGCCUGCGUGUGUGGUUUCCAUUCUAGAGUCAUCGUUUAGCUGGUGCGUGUAAUCAGCCAAGCUAUCCGUCAUGUUUUACGCGCACUUUGUGCUGGCCAAGAAGGGCCCACUGGCCCGGAUCUGGCUGGCUGCUCAUUGGGACAAGAAGCUCACCAAGGCUCAUGUCUUCGAGACCAACAUCGAGAAGUCUGUUGAUGGUAUUCUGCAACCUAAGGUUAAAAUGGCUCUACGAACAUCUGGUCAUUUGUUGUUGGGAGUCGUGCGUAUCUACUCCCGCAAGGCCAAAUAUCUGCUUGCGGAUUGUAAUGAGGCCUUUGUCAAAAUUAAAAUGGCCUUUAGGCCAGGAAUGGUUGAUUUGCCAGAGGAACACAGAGAGGCAGAAGUUAACGCUAUCACUCUGCCUGAAGUCUUUCAUGACUUUGACUCUGCCAUGCCUGAGUUAAAGGAUGUGGACAUUGAAGCUCAGUUCAGUCUUAAUCAGUCCAGAGCUGAAGAGAUCACUAUGAGAGAAGACUACGGCAGUUUGUCCUUAGUUACUCAUGAUCAAGGUUUUGGUGAUAUGAGUUUCGAUGUUGAACCACCAGAGCUACUAAGGCAUGCCUCUAACAUAGAUGCACCCUUAGACCAGAGGCAUAUGUUAUUCACAGAUGAUGGUGCUGGAAUAGAGGCUGCUUUAGAGCAGCAAGAAAAAGAGGCUGUUGCUGGUACAUCAUCAGCUGCUCAACCUAUGGAUAUAGACACUCCAAUUAGGGAUGAUGGUUUUGGUGGUCAUUUAGGACAAGAUAUGAUUUCUGGUGGGCUAUUUGAAGGAGGUUUGUUCGACGAAGCUCCAAUGGGAGAUGUGCCUGUACCUGAUGUCAGUUCAAUUGGUGAACAGCAGGAACCAAAUGCGGCGGCAGUGGCUGCCUCAGUUCAUGAUGAUUCGGAUGAAGAUAUGGGCGACCACUUUGGCGGACCACCAUCACCAAUGGGUGGAAUGAGUAGUGAUGGUUCAAGACCCGCAAGUCCGACAACAGGUAUGGAUCCUCCCGGUGGCCGAAUAAGCGUCGCUAGUCGACGUUUCACUCCAGCCCCGCAAAUCGCUGCUGACGAUCACGCGAUGGAUGGUCACGAAGAACAACCUGUACUGCAAGAACAAACAACGUUGUUGCACGACGAAGAAGAGAGCUUUGCCUUAGCACCUGUCGAUGCCUCUGCCCUCAAAGGGUUCACCAAGGCCAAACGCAAGAGGAAGCUGAUUGUUGACGAAGUUAAAAAUAUUUCCGGUGAAGAGAUGAAGGCGCAACUCUCUGAUACUAGUGAUAUCGUCACGACUUUAGAUUUAGCGCCACCCACGAAGAGAUUAAUGCAUUGGAAGGAAACUGGUGGCGUUGAAAAACUUUUCGCACUUCCUGCCAGGCCUAUUCCGGCUCGUGUUCUUUUCAAAAACUACCAACGACACUUGACGAGCAAGACGUACGAUCACGACGAUUUUGGAAGGGUAGCUGGUGUCGACGAAGAGCUUCCUUUGGACCAUAUGAGAGAAGAGCAGAAGGAGCCUGAACCUGUGUUGGAACAGAGUGGAAUCCAAACCAGGCGAUCGACGAGGAAACGCAAGGCACCUGUUGAUGAGGAGCCGUCAUCACCAAUGCAACCCGAAGUCACACAACCAUCGACGGUAUCUGAACAAGUGGAGCACUCAAAUCUGCAAGCUUCGCACGAGAUGCCUCCUGUUGCACCGUCUCCAGUGCACCAACCAGAAGUUCCUCUUCCCCAAGAACCUGCCGUUCCCGACAUCAGCAGCAUCAUGUCGGCUGUCGAUCAAUCACCAGACCAAACUGGUGUUCCUGUUGCCGACACUCACCCUCUCCUCGGUAUGGAGAUGCCACAAAUUCCACCAAACGAAGUCAGUUCACUCCUGGGAACCACCGAGGAACACCCGGACGACCACCACGAAUCACCUCUACCUCCCACCGAUGGCAUGCCGCAGAUGGAGAAUAUGGGAUACGAUGGGAAUGCACCACCCGUUUCGUACAUGGGGUACGACGACCAGCAUCCACCUGCGCAUACACCUGGAGCUAUCUCAGAAAGAGGACCUGCUACACCAUGGAAUCACGAAGAUUAUGAAUUCCCACCUUCAGUCGGACCGCAAGAGGAACAACAAGUGGACGAAACAUAUGAACAGUUUGAAGAGCGAGUUCUUAAUAAACGUGCAGCGCACAUGUAUCAUGCUAUCAAGAACAAGUUUGAUGAGAGAGAUACCUUAACACUGUCUGAAAUGACACAUAAAAACAGUCGAAAACAGGCUGCGCAAAAAUUCUACACUCUGCUGGUUUUGAAGAAAUUCCAAGUCUUGGAAAUCAGUCAGGAAUACUCGUAUGCUGACAUUCACGUUACCAAAGGCCCAAAGUUUGAAAACCCAGCGCUAUAAAUACCAUCCUGUUUUUUUCCUUUUUUACGAAUUUAUCAUACUACACGCGUACAACAGAUACACAACACAAUGGCAUAGUUUUUUUCGCGAGUUGCGCGGAUCACAUAACUUAUCAGACCACGAGUAUUUAUUUCCCACUGAUAAGAAAAACAUUGGUAAAUAUACAUAUAUUAUAUAAAUAUAUAAGAUUAAGGAAGAGUAUAUUUCUACACAAACUUUGUUAGAUGCUAAAGGAUAAGGCGAUUCAAUCGUUUCCGGUUUAUUAUUUUGUUCGAUCUCAUGAGAUACACUUUUUAGAGAGUUACACAUUCAAGUUUAUCUCCAAGAGUUCAUAAUUCAUCAUAACUAAAAAUUGGAAGCAUAUCUGUUUAUUUUGUCAGAAAACAUUUACAACUUUUUAAAGUUGAUUGCUUUUUAGUAAUUGAGUUUUUACAAGUAAGGUAACGCAGAUAAGUUGCAAACAUUUAUAUUGUUUACAAUUAAUCUGACAAAUUUUAAACCUUACUGUUGAAACUCAAGAAAUACAAAAAAGUGUUUAAGAGUAGAAUCUAGUAAAUUAAUUAAUUACUUCUAACUAAUUCAUAUAAGAUAAAACUCAGUUCAUUUUUAUGAAUUUGUUACAAGUUUUUUCUAACUAUGCAAUACAAUGCCACUUCUUAAUAAUUUUUAGAGUCAAAAUAAUCAGUCUUUGAAAGAGAAGUAAAAAUUUACUUAUACACGUGAGAACAUUAAUCUGGCAAACUAAAUAAUAGAUAAUGCGCGAAGAUCAUAAAAUCUUAAGAAAAGCGGGUUAUUUUAUCUAACUUUAUUUUCUUAAAUAAAGUUUGGUAAAACACAUAAAUACAGCUAUAUUCUUGUGAUUUUAUGAUCAACUUUUUUACAAAAUAAAUGUUCAAUACGUGUAAAAAAUGGAUAAUAAAAAUUAUUUAAAAGUGAUAAACAGAUGCAUAAAUUUGAAAUAAAAAAAAUGACUGAAAGUUUAAAGUACACUAAUUCUGACCAUAGUCCCUCUUAAGAUUUUAAAAAGCGAUUAAAGGGAAUUCAUCAUGUUAAAUUAUCCAUCCCUUUUUUUUUACUACUUCGUACUUUAUUAUUGACUCAUCAAACAUUGUUCGUUUUCAUUGUAAGUAUUUUCUGCGUAAGAUUUUGGAUGCUCUCCAAGAUCUAAAUGGAUCAAACAAGCGGAAUAUUAUAUUCUGCGUUAUAUCAAAUGUGCGACAUCGAGUGACGAAUGUUACGUUCUUAUAGAAAAGUAGUUUAAUUAGGCGAUCUAUACCCUUGUUGUAGAAUUAUCGAAAGAAGCGAAUGAUGUAAUAUAUUGUGUUGAAGGAAGUACGACAAACAAUUUGUCGCACGAACUCGCGCGAUUUUAUAUUGGAAUUAAGUCGGUGAAAUGAAAGAAAAAAAAAUAAAAUUAUAUUGCGACGGGAUUACUUCGAGUAUCAUUUCGGUAAUAUUUUUUUGUACUUCUGAUCUCCGAUUCUAAAUUCCGUUAAGUUUUUGUAAAUCCCGAAUUAAAAUUUAAUUAUACUGUUUGUAGAUAAGAAUAUAAAAUAAAUAAA